AUGGUAUUCCCUAUUCUCCCCAUCUAUGGCAAUGACGCUGCCACCCUCAUCAAAGAUAAACCAUUUUUAACUAUUGCAGGGCAAGCACUAUUGGAUUCUUCUGAAUUAUCUCAGGUUGAAAUCAAGACUUUUGCAGAAGAAUUUGGCUCGAGUAUCAAGAUAAUAUCAGUUUUAGUCAAGGAAACCUCUAGAUUCACGGACGAUGAAAUAGUUGAUUUGUUAAACAACGGUAUUUUUACAUUGUUUCUGAGUGAUAAGUCGUAUGCCGAUCAUCUUUCUCAAGAAGUCGGUGUGCCAAAAGAAAGACUUACAAUUUUGAAGGGAUCUUGUUAUAAGAAUCACUUUAUUGUUGUUGAUGAUUUCAAGAUUGAUUCUCUGAUUCCUGCCAACCAAUUAACGGUGGAGAUAUUUGUCAAAAGUUUGAUUUCGGCGAUCAAAACCGAUCGUGAAGAUAAACUUUUGACGACACUUGUGGUAGAUACUCACGACCGUUGCUUAGGUUUGGUAUACUCAUCCGUGGAAUCUAUCAAAAUCGCCAUUGAAAAGAAAGCGGGCGUUUAUUUUUCCCGUUCACGCAAUGAAAUAUGGAUCAAAGGGCUAACAUCGGGCAAUACACAACAAUUGAAAUGCAUUCAAUUGGAUUGCGAUGGAGACGCAUUGAAAUUUGUUGUUGAACAAGGUGGCGAAAAUUCGAGUUUUUGCCACUUAGAAACUGAGUCUUGUUUUGGUCAAUUCGAUCAUGGUUUGAUUGGCCUUGAAAGAUUACUGCAACAAAGAUUGAAAAAUGCACCAGAAGGUUCCUAUACACAUAGAUUAUUCAAUGAUCCUGAACUCUUGACGGCAAAGAUCAAAGAAGAAGCGGAAGAAUUAACUGAAGCUAAGACGAAGUCAGAGAUUGCGUGGGAAGCAGCAGAUUUAUUCUACUUCGCACUAGCAAAACUUGUCUCAGAAGGUGUCAGUUUGUCGGAUGUUGAAACGAACUUGCAAACAAAACAUCUUAAAAUUACGAGAAGAAGAGGUGACGCCAAGGCAAAAUUCCUCAACACUAAUGACAAACCUACUGAACCUCAAGCUGAUAGUGGAUUGAUCCAUUUGAAAAUUCUGAAAUCCAAAGAAAAUGUUGCUUUGAAGGAAGCACUAACCAGACCUAUUCAAAAUACCAAUCAAAUCAUGAAGUUGGUCAACCCUAUAGUUGAAAGCGUCAGAAAUAACGGUGAUAAAUCAUUGAUGGAAUUCACACAAAAGUUUGAUGGUGUCAAGUUAAAGACUCCAGUGUUGGAGGCUCCAUUCCCAAAGGAGUAUUUUGACGGACUAACUGACGAAAUGAAAGAAUCAUUGGAUCUUUCGAUCGAAAAUGUUCGUAAAUUCCACGCUGCACAGCUGCAAGAAACUGUAUUGAAAGUGGAGACGAAGCCCGGUGUUCUAUGUUCAAGAUUUCCUCGUCCUAUAGAAAAGGUUGGUCUCUACAUUCCAGGAGGAACAGCGGUUCUGCCUAGUACAGCCCUUAUGUUAGGUGUUCCAGCUCAAGUAGCUGGUUGCAAGGAAAUCAUCUUUGCUUCUCCACCUCGUAAGUCAGAUGGUAAAGUUUCACCUGAGGUCGUUUAUGUCGCUUCAAAAGUCGGUGCUUCAAUGAUUGUCUUGGCAGGUGGUGCUCAAGCUGUAGCUGCCAUGGCAUACGGGACUGAGUCUGUUCCAAAGGUCGACAAAAUUGCGGGCCCUGGAAACCAGUUUGUUACCGCCGCAAAAAUGUAUGUUCAAAAUGACACACAAGCACUAUGUUCCAUCGAUAUGCCUGCCGGCCCAAGUGAAGUUUUAGUUAUCUGUGAUGAAGAUGCCGACGCUGACUUUGUAGCCAGCGACCUCUUGUCGCAAGCAGAACAUGGUAUUGAUUCUCAAGUUAUCCUUCUUGGUGUCGAUUUAAGCAGCAAGAAAGUUGAAGAGAUCCAAGCUGCUGUUCAUAGUCAAGCUACGAACUUAUCGCGUGUUGACAUCAUUCGUAAAUGUAUUUCUCACAGUUCUAUUGUUUUAUGUGAGAGUUAUGAAGAAGCGUUCCAAAUCUCCAACCAGUACGCACCUGAGCACUUAAUUUUGCAAAUCUCCAAUGCAGAAGACUAUGUCAAAGAUGUAGAUAAUGCUGGUAGCAUUUUUGUAGGUGCUUACACGCCUGAAUCGUGUGGCGAUUACUCCAGUGGAACGAACCAUACUUUACCAACCUACGGUUAUGCAAGACAAUACAGUGGUCUGAAUACCUCGGCUUUCCAAAAAUUCAUUACAUCGCAAAGUAUUACUCCAGAAGGUUUGGAUAAAAUAGGCAAAGCAGUCAUGUGUAUCGCUAAGGUCGAAGGCUUAGAUGGUCACCGAAACGCCGUUAAAAUUAGAAUGUCCAAAUUAGGCUUAUUGCCCGAGAACUUCAAAUGA